AAAUCAAGGGGGGAGGUGGAAUCACCCCCGCCCCCCGUGGAAAGCAAAGCCCAGAAAGUGAAUGGAGUGAAGGGGGGGUGGAAGGGGGAAAGAGAGUCACUCCAGCAGCCCCCCCCCCUUGCAGCUCAUGGGGAGGUGGCCUGUGUGGUGCUGCUGAUGAUCCCUCUGCAGUUCCUCCCAAGCCAAGAGAAACUUUUUUUCCUUCUUUCUGCAAAAGAAGGAGAUUUUGAAGGGACUGAAGGCAGUUGUCAACCUCCUUGCCAGAAAUAGCUUUGCUGUGCCCUCAUGCGAAGGAGAGAUGGUGGUCCCUGGAGGAGGAGGAGGAGGAGGAAAGGGGGGAAGCAGAUCUGCCUGGAGCAUUAGGAGGAAAGAGGGGUGCCUUUCGGAUGUUUGGCUCCUUUCCUAUAAGGAAAGCCUCUGUCAAGAGCUCGAAUAAUCCCUUUUCCUUAGUGAAAUGCCUCCAUGACUUGGGGGUGUCCUACUUCAAGCACAGAACCACGUUUUUGCUUUGCAGUACUCAGUGGCCCCACCGGUUACAGCAGUUCCUGUCUGUUGGUGAAACAACUUUGGGCUUCUUGGAGCCUCCCUUUGGAGCACAGAAUUUGAGAUGGAAAUGCAAGACUCAGGUGGCCCAGAGACCAUCAAGGCUGGGAGCAGUCAGGAAUUCUGGAAAAGUAGUCUGCUGGAAAUCCUGCACAAGGACACGCUCCCUUCAGAUGUACAGUGCCAGCGCUUCAGGCAGUUCCACUACCAGGAUGUUGAGGGGCCUCGACAGGUGUGCAGCCAACUCCACCACCUUUGCCAUCAGUGGCUCAAACCAGAGCAGCACACAAAACACCAGAUCCUAGACCUUGUGAUCCUAGAGCAGUUUCUGACCAUCCUGCCCCCAGAGAUGGAGAGCUGGGUGAGAGAAUGUGGAGUAGAGACCAGUUCUCAGGCGGUGGCCCUGGCAGAAGGUUUCCUCCUGAACCAGGAAGAGGCCAAGAAGCAGGAAGAGCAGCAGGUGCAGGGGCGGCUCACAAAAGUGUCUGCAGCUGAUUCUGAGGCAGAGAAGGCUCUAUCAGAUGCCAGACCGAGGCUGCUUCAUGAGGGGAACUCCCAGGAGGAUCAUGCAGAUGCCGCCUCACUAGUUCAUGGAACACCACUGGAAGUGCUGACAAGGUUAUGGCUCCCAUGUAUUGAUGGAGAAAGAGAUUGUACACAAGCAGAUCAGGGUGCCGUGUCCUUUGAGGAGGUGGCUGUGCAUUUCACGGAGGAGGAGUGGGCUCUGCUGGAUGCAGACCAAAGAGCCCUGCACAGAGCAGUCAUGGAGGAGAAUAGGCAGAAUAUGGCCUCUCUGGCAGGUGAUGGGUGGAAAAGCAAAUCUGAAGGAGAAUUAUGCGGAUCACCAGUAGAAAGAGCAAGAUGUAAAAAGGAAGGACAACAGAGAAAAGCAACAGAAGGAAACAAGGAAAAGAAGAAUGAAUCUAGUCCUGUUCAUGUUGGUGACUGCCAAGAAACACCAAUCCCAGAAGAAAUAGAGAAGGGAAAGCAGAGGAAACCCCACCCAUGUGAGAAAACCAUUGGUUAUAAAUCGUGGCUUAAAUGUCAUAGGAGAAUGAAGAGAGGGGAGAAGCCCUGUAAGUGCUUGGAGUGUAGAAAGAGCUUCAGUCAGAACUCAGAACUUAUUAGACAUCAAAGAAUGCACACUGGGGAUAAACUGUUUAAAUGUUUGGAGUGUGGAAAGAGCUUCAAUCGGGACUCAGCUCUAAGAAGACAUCAAAUAAUUCACACCGGAGAGAAACCAUUUAGAUGCUUGGAGUGUGGAAAGAGCUUCAAUUGGAGCUCAAAUCUUAAGAAACACCAAGGAAUUCACACAGGAAAGAAACCAUUUAGAUGCUUGGAGUGUGGAAAGAGCUUCAACCAGAGCUUUCAUCUUAGAGAACAUCAAAUAAUUCACACAGGAGAGAAACCAUUUAAAUGCUUGGAGUGUGGAAAGAGCUUCACUCGGAGCUCAAAUCUUAGAGAACACCAAGGAAAUCACACAGGAGAGAGACCAUUUCAAUGUCUGGAGUGCGGAAAGAGCUUUAGUUUUAGCUCAAAUCUUAGAGAACAUCGCAGAAUUCACAGAGUUAUCAUACAAAUGCCUGAAGUGUGGAAAGAGCUUCAGUCAGAGCUCCAAUCUCUCAAAACAUGAAAGAAUUCACACGGGAAAGGAUAUACAUAUUCAUAAUGUAGAAAGAGCUUCCAUCUCGAUUCUCCUUCCAGAAGAUGAGGUAGAGGAGAGUGGUUCAGAGAUUGUCCUGCCUCCACUCUCCUCUCCCCCACGUUUGAAAGAACCAGAGAGAGGACAGAGGAGCUGCUGUGGUUGCCGUGGUGGGCAGCACCUGUCCAGAGCACACUCCUGUGGAGUGGAGGAAAGGCAGGCUGGAGUGGGCCAGGGCAGGCAUGAGGCGAGAGAGAGGAGGUGGGCACACUGAAGGUGUAUCCCAUGGCAGUGCCCACUCAUCUGGUCCCUGCCCCUCCCUAGCUGGUUACGUCACACUCAAAAGGUCUGCUCCUUAACUGAAGUAUGUUGGUGCCAUACGGUGAACACUCUCCUUGCAGCUAUGAACACUCUCCUUGCUGCUCAAGAUAGAUUCUGUGAACGAGAAGCCAACUGGAUCCCCCUGGAUGGGAAAUCCAAGGACUGGAUCUCCCUGGUGUGCUGCACAGAGGCAGCUGCUGCCAGCGUAUCCAUCCCUGCAUAGUUCCUCACAUUUCCAACGCCAAGCGGGCCUCUUCUGUUGGAACCAGAGUCCACAGGGCCAGCUGAGCAGGCAUGUGGGGAUGUUGGGCAGGCACACGGGGAGACUACACCUCUCAUAUCCCCACACCAUUUCCCAGCGAGCCCCAUGCGCCCCUGUGGUGAGGAACAGCCAGGGAAUGACCCAUACUGGGAACAGCUCCUCUACCUAGCAUCAGGAGGGUGCUGGAAAUUCAUGGGAAUCUAUGGUCCGAGACACACCAUGGGAGAGGCGCAGAAUGUCCACCACAAGGCAUUGGAUAGUCGGAACUAUCAAUGGGAGGAGUCUGUGGUGGUUUUUUUAAAAUAAGAGAUUUCCAAGAGACGAUUUGCUAAGCAAAUUUUGUUAAUGCAAUAGAAGGUAUCUCUUUUUAUUGUUUAUUUCUGUAUUUUUACGAAAUGCCUCAAUUAGUUUUGACAUUAAUUUUUGCUUAUCUUCGCCACUGUAUUCUGCAAUUGAUAGCAUGUAUUGAUAAUGUGUUUUCCCUUUUUCAUAAUAAAUGUUUUAAACAGGCCCCAUCCAGAAGA